AUGGGCCGCCUGGCCAUGGAAUACAUCAAGAGCUGGUUCUGGGGUCCUGUGGUGACCCUACAGGACUGUCUGGCUGCCUUCUUUGCCCGGGACGAGCUGAAAGGAGACAACAUGUACAGCUGUGAGAAAUGCAAGAAAUUACGGAACGGAGUGAAAUUCUGUAAAGUUCAGAGUGUUCCUGAGAUCCUGUGCAUCCACCUGAAGCGGUUUAGACACGAGCUGAUGUUCUCCACUAAGAUCGGGACUCACGUCUCCUUCCCAUUGGAGGGCCUGGACCUGCAGCCCUUCCUGGCCAAGGAUAGCUCCGCCCACACCACCUCCUACGACCUGCUGUCAGUCAUCUGUCACCAUGGCACCGCCAGCAGUGAGUGUUCCAUCCGGGCCACUGGCCAAGCCCCCUCUAAGAUGGGAGGAUGUUAG